AUGUACGGCUAUCGAUCGUAUCUCGAGUCCACCCUCUCGUUCUCGAAGGCAGCAAAAAGUGACCAGCUCCAAAUUGGUGGAUAUUACAAGGACACAGCGAACCCCGAUCGACAGGGUAAUACCGUGAAAACAGGAACAAGUGCAAACAAAGGCGCCAAUGUCCGCUUUAAGUGGACAAAAGGCAGUAAAACGGUAGAAUGCCUGGGGCAGAUUCACAACGAACUCUUUGCGCAGAAAAAAUUAAUUCUGAGUCAAGUAAAACUGACGGAAAGAUUGGUGAGACAAGACCCCAGUUUUGUUUUAAUGGCCAAGGAUAACACCCAGGAGUACACGAUUAGUUUGGAGGAAGCGAUUUCGAAAAUCAAUAUCAAAACUAUUGCCGAACAUGUUCGCCUUAGCCAUGAGGAACGUCUUUUGCAAGGACCCGCCAAAUAUCCCGUAACAUCGGUUCAAAUGAAGUUUUAUACACGUGGUGCCAACCGUUCGGAUUUGUCAGAAAAUAACUUGUUACAGGGUCGUUUACCGGGAAGAAUCGUCGUAGGGUUGGUGGAGUCCGACGCUUUCAACGGAACGCUGGACAAGAACCCGUUCAACUUUCAACACUUCAAUGUGUCGAGUAUUACGUUGCAACAAAACCGAACGCCAGUUCCGUUUGAAACGAUCAAACUCGAUUACGGCACGAUCAGUUCCUACCCUGUUACUUCAUGGUAUUACACGGAACUAACGUUUGGGGAACUGACCAGGGAAUAG